UCUGUUGCUAGCUGGUUGUUAUAGUGAUAAACUGAGGCCUUGCCUCUUGGCUUCUCCUUGAAAGAAAAACCUUUAAUUUCUCGAGGGAAGGAAAAGAAGAGAAGGGGGAGAAGGGGGGGCAGAAUUACAUGAGAAAGAAAAACAUUAUCUGGCUGAGAAGCGAAUAGCAGAAGGGGCAUCACCGCACGAGAAGCAUUCACUGGCCAUGCCAGUGCUUGCAACUAAUGCUGAGUCAGAAACAGGUAUCCCAAAAUCCCUUUCUAAUGAGCUUCCUUUGGAAACCAUGGAGGAGAUAGAACACACAUGCCCUCAGCCUCGAUUGACGUUGUAUGCACCUGCUCCAUUUGCAGGUGAAACAAGCUGUCAGUGCAGAGCUCCUCAUGAGAAGCUCACCGUUGCUCAGGCCCGCCUUGGAACACCAGUGGACAGACCUGUCAGAGUCUAUGCAGAUGGAAUAUUCGAUCUCUUCCAUUCUGGUCAUGCUAGAGCUCUGAUGCAAGCCAAAACACUUUUCCCCAAUAGCUACUUGUUGGUAGGAGUUUGCAGUGAUGAUCUAACCCAUAAGUUUAAAGGGUUCACUGUUAUGAAUGAAGCGGAGAGGUAUGAGGCCCUCAGACACUGCCGCUACGUAGAUGAAGUCAUCAGAGAUGCUCCGUGGACACUCACACCAGAGUUCCUGGAAAAGCACAAGAUUGAUUUUGUAGCCCAUGAUGACAUUCCAUAUUCCUCUGCUGGUUCAGAUGAUGUUUACAAGCAUAUAAAGGAGGCAGGAAUGUUUGUACCAACUCAGAGAACUGAAGGCAUCUCAACUUCAGAUAUUAUCACUAGAAUUGUGCGUGAUUAUGAUGUCUAUGCCCGUCGCAACCUUCAGAGAGGAUAUACUGCUAAAGAGCUGAAUGUCAGCUUUAUAAAUGAGAAGAAAUAUCGCUUUCAGAACCAAGUAGACAAAAUGAAGGAAAAAGUGAAAAAUGUGGAAGAAAAGUCUAAAGAAUUUGUGAAUCGUGUGGAAGAAAAAAGUCAUGAUCUCAUUCAGAAAUGGGAAGAAAAAUCUAGAGAGUUUAUUGGAAACUUCUUAGAGCUGUUUGGGCCAGAUGGCACUUGGAAGCAGAUGUUUCAAGAGAGGAGUGGGCGUAUGCUUCAAGCCCUGUCUCCAAGGCAAAGCCCUACAAGCAGUCCAACACGGGGACGUUCCCCAUCACGGUCUCCCUCUCCCCCUUCCCCCUGGCUUAUCAGAAAGGCUUCACCCCCUUCCUCUCCAAAAGCUGCCUCAGCAUCCAUUAGCAGCAUGAGUGAAGGAGAUGAGGAUGAAAAGUAAAAAGGCAAAGGCAAAAAGAAGGAGUAGUAAUUAGGAAAAAAGAAAGAAAAUACCUAAAUGGCCCGUUAAUUCACAAGUGAAGUGGAGAGAAGAAAGGAAAAAAAUGAUGCAUGAGAUCUUUCUGAAAAAGGAAAGGGCACCAUACAGACACUGGAGCACUGAAGAUCUCAGCUACAGCAUAACUUGCUGAAAGGUGGGGUUGCCAGACCAGCAGCACACAAUGAAAGGAUAUGCAGAAAUCUUACAUAUUUCCCAACCAUUAUGAGCAUGUCAUUGUGCUAUUGCUGUGGUUGCUGCUCAAGCCACUGAAGAGCUUAUGAGGAAUCUUGCAUUCAAGGGGAACCUUGCAUCUUUUCAGAGGAACCAGUUAGACGUAUGGUAUUAAGUGGCAUUCCCUUUGGCUAGACGAGAGACAUCUAUGUUUGAACUCCACUGCAUAUCUGCUAAGAAGCUGGACUUUACUAGAACAAAAAUGAAGUACUAUCUGGAAACAGCAAAAGCUCCCACACUGCAAACAAGGGAGAACAAGAAACCCCAAAAUCAAACCAUGCCAGAAGAACUAAACUCUCUAUCUUUCACAACAGACAGACAUAAUUUGGAUCUAUUAAGUUUAUUGAAUGUUGCUUGUUGAGCAGGCUUUUGUACAGGGUAAGGUUAUUUUAAUGUGAAAACAAUUUGCUUGAUCAACUCUUAUUAUGUUCUACUAGUGCCUCCAAAGCUAACUUUUCUUCCUUUCUUCCUUUCUUUUGGUCAGAGUUUUCUCCUCGGCUUUAGCUGCACAUUUAAAAUAAUUUCAUAUCUGGGAAAUUGUAUUGAUUAAUCCACAGACCAAGGUCCAAGCUAGUCCCCAUAUAA